CUUCUGACCUGGCGGCGCCUGCACCGUCCUGGCGGUGCGCCCUUCCGGUGCUCGCUGGCGGCAGAGGACCCUGCGAGCUUGGUGCUGCAGCCUCCGUGUGCCCCGCUCUCAGGGACCCGUCCCUACCGCCCGGCACCCCCCCCGCCUCUCGGCCCCUGACUUGCGCUGUGGGAAGCACCGAGAGAGGCGCGGAGUCGAGAGCGCCCCCCAAAGCAGCGUCCAGCGCUCCAGGUACUAAUUAGGAUGAAUGGGAUUUGGAGAAAUUGGAUUUCCUAUCUAAGGAUAAGAAAUGUGCCACAGAGAUACCAAAGUGGUUAUCACCCAGCAGUCCCUCUGGGAUCAAGGAUUCUAACUGACCCAGCCAAAGUUUUUGAGCACAACAUGUGGGAUCACAUGCAAUGGUCAAAAGAGGAAGAAGCAGCAGCCAGGAAAAAAGUAGAGGAAAACUCAGCUGAGCGAGUCCUUCUGGAAGAGCAAGUGAAGUAUGAGCGGGAAGCUAAUAAAUACUGGGACACAUUUUACAAGGUUCAUAAGAAUAAGUUUUUCAAGGAUCGUAAUUGGCUGUUGAGGGAAUUUCCUGAAAUUCUUCCACCGGAUCAGAAAACUGAAGAGGCGGCAAAAGAAUUAUCAUGGGAUCAUGUAAAAACUAAUGCUGCAAAUUGUUUCUCAAGAAAGCACUGCCCUAUUGUUCCUGAAGAAAAGGAUUCUUAUCAGAAAAGUUCUGGCUCCUCAGAUGGUCAAAGCAAAGCAGAAUCUGAUUUUCCCAACCUCAACUCUGAAGAGCACAGAAAAGGACCUCUGAAGGCAGACCUCUUUCCUGGUAGCAAAGCCUCUUUCAGAAUCCUAGAGGUUGGCUGUGGUGCUGGAAAUAGUGUUUUUCCAAUUCUGAACACUUUGCAGAAUGCUCCGGAGGCCUUUCUUUACUGUUGUGACUUCGCCUCUGGAGCUGUGGAGCUCGUAAAGGCACACGCAUCCUACAGAGCAGCCCAGUGUUGUGCCUUUGUUCAUGACGUUUGUGACGAGGGCCUGCCCUACCCGUUCCCAGACGGGAUCCUGGACGCCGUCCUCCUUGUCUUUGUGCUCUCUUCCAUUCAUCCUGACAGGAUGCAAGGUGUUGUAAACCGAUUGUCCACGUUACUGAAACCUGGGGGAAUGCUGUUAUUUCGGGAUUAUGGAAAAUAUGAUAAGACCCAGCUUCGUUUUAAAAGGGGGCACUGUUUAUCUGAAAAUUUUUAUGUUCGAGGGGACGGUACUCGAGUAUAUUUUUUUACGAAAGGGGAAGUCCACAGUAUGUUCUGCAAAGCUGGGUUAGACGAGAAGCAAAAUCUGAUUGACCGCCGCUUACAAGUUAAUAGGAAAAAACAAGUGAAAAUGCACCGAGUCUGGGUUCAAGGCAAAUUCCAGAAACCAUUAUAGUUAACUCAAGAAAAGCUCCACGUCUGCAUUUUCACUCCUUUCUCAUGGCUGAACUCUGUGCCACGUUGAGGUGCAAACCAGAGGAACACACUACUCAAAGACUUCUAUAAACUUUUUAUUUAUGAAAAGACAAUCAGGAGAAGGGACUAUAUGUAUUCUGUUGUGGGCGAGCUCUUUGGUGUAUUGUAAGCACAUGUAAGGGGUUCGGGAGAGUGCAUUCAGAGCCUGUGUUUUCAAAACUUAAUAUGAGCAAGCUUGUUUGAAUUUUGUAAGCAUGCAAUUUAAUUACUGUCAUAAGCCAUGACCUUCCAUUUUUUCAGAAGAGGAGAAAAUCACCUACGCUAUUUAUAUAUUAGUCAAACACAAUUUAAUUCCCUCCUGUGUUAUCUGGUAGCUGACAAGCAGCUCACCUUGUUUCCAGGGAAAAUCACAAGCCCAAGACAAAGGUGUGUUGUUAUUUUUUUGUUUUGUGGUCUGUUUUCCCAAAACCUUUUUUUUUUUUUAAUUCAGAGACUAAUGUCUUUCUCUUUCCUUUUCUAAAAUUGGGAAUCUAUAACUGAUGCUAAAAUUAUUUACAUACUAUUAGGUGUUCAAGUCAUUGUAUGUUCUCCUUCAGACAACUGUUUAUACCCAAGAAGAUUCUUAAUUGUAGCAAUUACAAAUUUUAUUUACCACUUUGCCUCAAAAGGAUAUAAGUCGGCUUGUGUAUUGCACAUUAAUAGAAUGGAAUUUCUAAGAUUGGUCUUUCAUUUGUUACUUAAGGAGUUUCUAAGAUUGUUUAUUUUUUAUUUGUUGCUAAGUACUUACAUUGUGUUGAAUUAUAUGAAUACAAUAAAUAAAGACCCAGGCCUGUU